AAAGCAAAAAGGAAGAGAAACACAAAAGUUGCAAAUUGCCAAGAAAAUUGUAAACAACAAUGAAAUGGCUAACGACCGUGUCGGUGCUCGAGUUGUCGUCUUCGCUGUCGGCAUUAUAGUGAUUCAAGGCUGAGUGGCCGAUAGCCGGCGAUAAUAAAAACCGAGCAAUUAGCGUCGUAGGGCGUCGCAAUUUCGCAAAUUCCUGAGCUCAUAGUCAGGAGACGGAGAGGUGAUUUGUAGUGUUUUCGGGAGUCGAGUUUUACACCGCUAGCUAGCGUGCAACGUCUGGAAGUCGCGACCUGAAAGCCUAAUUUCGUGGCUCGUCAGAUUCCCUUCUGGGCGCCUGGGGAGGAUGGCUCUUUUGCGGCUGGCCAGGCAACUGGGCCUUUUAGAAACGAUUUACGUGGAAGGAACCGAACCAGUCAACUCUAUGUCGUCAUCAUCAGAUGCACCGCAACAGCGACCACAAAUUGCGGUACAGCAAUUCGACUAUUUGAUGAUUAUAGAUUUUGAAGCAACAUGCUGGGAAAAUCAGGCACCACCCAGGUGGAGAGAAUCCGAAAUUAUAGAAUUUCCGGCUGUUCUUCUCAAUCUAAAAACAGGCAAAAUAGAAUCGGAAUUCCAGAAAUAUGUUAUGCCAAUCGAAUCGCCACGACUUAGUGAAUUUUGCAUACAGUUGACUGGUAUCACACAGGACAAAGUCGACAAUGGCAUUCCACUCCAGACCGCGAUCAUGAUCUUCCAGGAAUGGUUACGUAAAGAAAUUAAGGCGCAUAAUUUAGUAUUACCGAAAAUGUCUAAAGAUAACAAAUUAGGCAAUUGUGCAUUUGUAACAUGGUCUGAUUGGGAUUUGGGAUGUUGCCUGCAGAAGGAGUGUCGGCGAAAGCGCAUUCGGAAGCCGCCGUACUUCAAUCAAUGGAUCGAUUUAAGAUUGGUUUUUAGACAAUGGUACAAUUAUAGACCAUUAAACUUCAAUGAUGCUCUUGCUCAUGUCGGCCUGAUUUUUGAGGGUCGCGAACAUUCCGGACUAGAUGACUCACGAAAUAUUGCAAGACUUGCUUAUAAAAUGGCUCGAGACGGAGCUACGUUGGCAAUAACUAAGGAUCUUACACCGUUUGAACUGAAUACGAAUUUCAUCAUUUGAGGGAUUUGGGUGUCGGGAUCGUCGGAGUGAGCAGGGGCGUGAUGCGAAACUGUUAAUGUUGUUUUUGUUUUCGUUUUAAACUAGAAAUGAAGGACUAUUUGUUUGUUUGGUUACUUUGUUCGCUCAUAUACAUUUAGACUACAUAUUAUCAAUCAAGAAAUUACCAAAAUCGACGAAAAGCUUUGAAAAGGCUCAUUUUUGUGUAAUAUCAUUUUAGUUUGUUUUGUGGUAUUCAAACGCAAUUUAUUAGUUUGUUCCUCGAAUUUUAAUGUGCGGCUCCUUCUCAGCCGUUUAAAGUGUUCAUUUUCAUCAGAAAUUGAUAUUGACUCAUUCGCUUCUAGACAAACAUCUACGUUUGUUUGGUCGGACAGAAAAGUGCAAGUAAUCGCGUAAAACGUGGAACAAAUAACGUCAGUGAUCGCAAUCACAAUUACUUCUGGGCACACAUCUUUGCACCACUUUUACUCUCGUAUUAAUAUUAUAUGUGACAAACAAGAAUCAACUAUUCAUAAUGUCGUCUUUUGUAUAUUUUCAUAUUUUAUACCAAAACUGUAGUUUGUAGCCCUUAUGAAACAUUUUUAUACUGGCUUUUAAGGAAAUAAGAUAUACAUAUUUCAAGCAACGAUCGAAUCGAA